GCCACACUAGCAUAUGUUAUUGGAUGCUAUUCCUGCCAAUGCAUCAAACGGUCGCUGUACCCACUCCCGCCGUUUUUUCCGAGGCAGAUCAGCGUCUUUAACUACGUGGAAUUUCCGCGCUAUCUUUUUUCUCUUCAUCUCCUUUCAUUUCCCAUUCAAUUCCAUUUUUGCCAGGCAUAAUCUGCACUACAAGUCACCAUGACCAACCAACGCACCUCGCUUGAAGCAGGUUCCGAAGAGGAGGCUUUUAUUACAGUCGACACAGACCUCAAUGAUUCAGAGUUUGGGGACUCACAAUCUGAACUUACCUCCCUCCGCAGCAGCAUCACCAACUACUACUACGAGAAUGGCCGUCGCUACCACGCUUAUCAUGCGGGCGCUUACUGGGGUCCAAACGAUGAUCAAGCCCAGGAAAGCAUGAAAGUCGGACACGAAGUUUAUCGCCUCCUCCUAAACGGCAAAUUAUAUCUUGCUCCUAUCGCCCAGGACCCCAAAGAUGUUCUGGAUAUCGGAACAGGAACAGGAUCAUGGGCUGUAGAAUUCGGCGACAUGCAUCCUUCUGCCAGGGUUAUCGGGACGGAUUUAUCGCCAAUCCAACCGUCAUUUGCCCCGCCGAACGUGCAAUUUGAGGUAGAUGACUGCUGUGACCCUUGGCUAUAUGAGAAAGAUAAAUUUGAUUUUGUCCACGUGCGCAGUCUCUACGGCUGCGUGGCCGACUGGGAUAAGUUUUACAAGGAGGCCUAUAAGCACAUCAAACCAGGCGGAUACAUCGAGCAACUCGAGCAAUCAGUUCAUGGGAAGUCUGACGACGGAACGACUACAGGAACGAUGUACAACGAAUGGGCGCAGCACUUUUUCAACGCUGGAGAUAAGUUUGGGAAGACCUUCCGUGUUGUCGACGAAGCAAAGAGCCGAAUGCAAAAAGCGGGGUUUGUCGAUGUUGUAGAGCGCCGAUAUAAAUGUCCCUUGGGCCCAUGGCCGAAAGAUCCUCAUUUCAAGCUUUUGGGAAAGCUAAAUCGGGUCUAUGCUGAGGAGGGUAUUGAAGGCUAUGCGAUGAUGCUGUUUACCAACGUUCUUGAUUGGACACGCGAGGAAGUCGAGGUGUAUCUCGCUCGGAUGAGGAACACCUUAAGGGAUUCUUCGAUCCAUGCAUAUCAAGAGAUGGUUGUUGUAUAUGGAAGGGAACCGCUUGUGGGGGAAGCCGCGAAAACAUCGUGAGUUUCGAAUUUCGCUCUCACUUUUUGGCUUCAGGUUAUGUCGAUUCACCUCCGAUUAUACGUGGGGCGCAUUGUCGUGGACGUAGAUUAUAUGUACAACUACACAUAGCAUGUGGCAUUAUUUGUAUGUUACGGACGAUGUGUGAUGUCAAUUAUUUUUAUCUAUUAAUCAAGUUUAACGUCCGUAUCGAGCCGUUGGCUAUGACAGACACAUAUGCUUAGGCAAUGGCUUGGGCCACUGCCUCUAAAUGGCCCCUAGGGGCUCUAUCAGCGCCCCUCUAUUAUAUUUAUGCUCAUUCUAAUCCUUCUCCUCGCCCGAGCUGCCUAUCUGUGCCAGAGACUUGAGGCUACGCCCCUUCUCGGUAUUUACUACUUGUUGGGCGUUAUCUAGGCGCGCCUAGACUACUCUUUCUACUAUCUUUUCUCUCUAUUUUCUGCUUCUUCUACCAGCUCUAGGUCCUAAAGAUUAUUCCUAGAGGCUUUAUUUAUCUCCCUAGCUGCCUCCCCUAGGAAGCAGCCAAUGUUUAUU